AUGGUCAGCCUGAACGAUCCAUCAUGGAUCAAGACCAUCUACGCAGUCAACAGCAAUUGGCUGAAGGCAGACCAUGUGAUAUGGCAAACUGGCUGCUUUACUAUACCUGGGACGUCAUCGGCGGCCACAUUUAGCACCCCAUUUGGCUUCCUGGAUAAGGCCAGCGACAUCGACGGCACGAUGUCUGUUGCAGACAAGGCGAUGGACUACUUCGCCGCCGUCGGCAUGAUCCCGGUUCUGGACUAUUUCUUCGACAAGAACCCGAUCUAUCGCAUCGGGCCCCCUGCUUUUACGUUCGUCACCAACACGUCCCUCAAGUUUGUGCAGGCCCGCCUCACGGGGGAGGACAAGCAUGAUAUCUCCAAGCCGGAUUUUCUGGACCACUUUCUGGAGGCGAAGAAGACGCAUCCGGACAUCGUGGAUGACCGGAUGGUGAUCUCAUACCUGCUGAUCAACAUGAUUGCUGGAGCGGACACGACUGCCAUUGUCCUCCGCGCGGUGAUUUCCUACACCCUGAAGAACCCUCGCGUGUACAAGAAGCUGAAGAAGGAGCUCGACGAGGCGAACCUGCCCACCCCUGUGAGCUACAAAGACGCUCGUACCCUUCCAUACCUGGAUGCUGUGAUCCAAGAGUCGAUGCGCAUCCACCCGGGCAUUGGGAUGGCCCUGGAGCGCAUUGUCCCGCCAGGCGGCGUGACGAUCGCCGGCCACUACCUCCCUGCUGGCACCGUCGUGGGGAUCAACCCAUGGGUGACGUCCAUUGACAAGAACGUCUACGGUCAGGAUGCAGAAUGCUUCCGCCCAGAGAGAUGGCUGCAGGAGGAAGACGAGGACCCGGAGGCGUAUAAAGAACGCCUGCAGCGGAUGAAAAACUGCGACCUGACGUUCGGUGCCGGGAGCCACAUCUGCAUCGGGAAGAACCUGGCGCUGCUCGAGGUCUACAAAGUCAUUCCGACGUUGUUAUUGCUGUACGAUGUGAGUAUCUUUUCUUCUCUUCUCUUUGAGCUGAAGAAUCUAGUUCAGAUACUGACGUGA